GUGGACAUUUGGUUUAGUCGAAAGUGAUUCAGCUGGAUUUUGGAUGGUAUAAAAAGAAGUGAUUCACUUCUCCAACCACUCUAGGAGAUUAAGUAGGUCGUCCCUGCCUUUUAGACAGGAAACGCUCUACUAGCAACAUUAACAAGCUGGAGUUACAUACAUGGAGAAAGUUAAAAUGGCCUCUACGAUGAAGUUUUGCUAUCUCCUUUCGGUCACAUUGAUUCUGCUUAGUGCGUUGUGCUUGACAAUAGAAUCGAAGCCGGAUCAUACUGCCGUCAACAACAUCCCCCUCGCUCAAACACAAACAGAGAUUGACGGCGUCAACGACGUCAAUGAUGUUGACGCAGAAGAAAUCCCCGACAACGACGCUGAAGAAGCUGACAACGAAUCGGAAAACGAUGCCGAUGUCGAGUCAAUUUUCGAUGGUGAUGUUGGUACUGAUGUAAAUGCUGCCGCGGUUGCACACACAAAUGCCGGUGCCGGUGCCCCGAACCCCAUUGGCGGUCGGAACGGGUGGACGGGAUCUGGAUUAGGGCACGCAAAAGGCCGAAACGACCACAGUUUCCUGGCAGGAGAAAGUAAAGUAGCUCACGUCGGAAUCGGAUUCGGCGUCGUUAUACUCGUGAUCGCAGUGGUGGUCGUGUCUGGACUUGCGAUUAAAAGGCCCGGUUCCAAUAAUGCCAAUGAUACACCUGCCGGUUUGGAUAUAGAAUAAGACUCAUAUUUGGCAUGUUUGGUCAAAAUAUUAAGUGAACCUGCCGAUGUUAAAGUAGUAAUAGUCUUUUUCGGGAGGGGGGGGGGGGUGUACAUUUUGCUGUUUAUUUCGUCCAGUUGUGUUUCAAUUUUGAUAGUCCUUUUUAUCAUAUGUACCUAAAUAAUAACAUAUAUCAUAUUA